GCUCGGGAGGAGGCGUUCACUAGAGGAAGUGAUGGCGACUGGGGCGCCAGAUUCUCAAGCGCGAUUCGGUCAGUCUGUGAAGGGGCUCCUCACAGAGAAGGUGAACACCUGUGGUACGGACGUCAUCGCGCUCACUAAGCAGGUGCUGAAGGGCUCCCGGAGCUCCGAGCUGCUAGGUCAGGCAGCUCGAAACAUGGUACUACAGGAAGAUGCCAUCUUGCACUCAGAAGAUAGUUUAAGGAAAAUGGCAAUAAUAACAACACAUCUCCAAUACCAGCAAGAAGCUAUUCAGAAGAAGUAAGUAACCCCAGAGUGUUGAGCAGUCUUCUGAUCUACAGGACCAGCUGAAUCAUCUGCUGAAAUAGUGCAGCUUGUAAGAGGGCAAAAGCACUUCUGUGCCGACACUGAGAAGGAAAUCUUUUACUUAACCACUGUGCUAUGGGUUUGACUUUCCAUUUUCUUCUCCAAAAGUUAAGUUAGAACAGAUUUGUGAUGGUGUAUAAUUCCUCCUGAAAGAAGCUAGGUGGUUGAAUUUUGGAAGUACUUCUUGAAGCAGAGUAACCCAUGGUCUUAUUGAAUUUUUAAUUGCUAUGUUUAGUUUGAUGUUAAAGUAAAAUUAAAAGAGGUCUUAGUUUUUCCCCUAGAACUUUUAUAUGUCAAAAGCCAUAUCAACUAAAUAUGAUCCUUAAGCAAAUACUGAAUAAUGUUUUAAAUUCAGAAUUAGGGAUUCUAUUGUGAAAACAUAGGACUAAUUAAUAUUCUUUUUUAAAGACUUUUUUUCUUUUAAUCAUACAUUCAGAAAUGGUAAUAGGUAAUACCUGUUCUUUCCCUUCCCUUCCCUUCCCUUCCCUUCCCUUCCCUUCCCUUCCCACUCAGAGGAAAUACUUAUUUUAUUCAUUGUAGCAAAUUCCUGAAUGAAAGGUAGGCAAAUGGUAUCAUAUCUGGCCAGGUGCAGUCUCCUCCCUUGACUUGUAUUCCUAGAGUUUCUUUGUUAUUACUUUUGAUUAAUUGGCCUUGGGUUCAUUUAAAAAUUUUGCUAGUCAUCAGCAAAUUCACUUGUAGAACAUUACUGGCAAAUGCAAAGGCAGUUGAAUUACUGGGAAUGAUUGCAGCAUAGGGUCCUGCCAUGGUGAAAACCUUAUGUUUUCAGAUACUUACCCAUGUUUAUUUAACUCAUCUUACUAAAAGGCAUUGCCUUUGAAUGUCUUUGCUUUGUUUGAAUUUUAAAUGGGACUCUAUCAUGUUCUAGUUAGUUCUUCACUAAGGAAUUGGGAGAAAGCUGACAGGAAACUGGUGUCUUCACUGAAAGAAAAAAAAAGCAAAUAAGAGUCCAAUUUAAUUCAUAUUGUAUAUCGAGCCAGCUAAUCAUAUUAGAUUGUAUUUAUUCCUCAUUUUACCUGUACACAUUAAUUUAAAGUAAAAGAAAAAAAACUAGAUAUGAAGGAA